CCAUCACAUCAUCAAUUGUAGGUUGGUGAUUGUUCAUAUCGUGUGGUAAAACCAUGUCUACCCAUGGAUCAUCACCUACAUGGCUAGUCCAUUUACUGCUCCUCCGCCUCCACCAGUCUCAAGGCAAACCCCCACUAAUAAGAGCGCUUGCAUUGAACUCGAUCUUGACAUUGUAUGGCCCAAAAUCUCAUCAGCUGAAUUAUAUCGAAACAUCCUCCAUCCAUUCAGAGUCUCAGGCUCUUAAGGAGAUAUCAUCUUCCAAAAGCUUUCUUUCCCUAAGCCCUGAACUCCCCACCGCCUAGCAAAAGUCAUAUCCACAACUCAGACCACUACGGGUCGAUUCAUGCAGUUCGAAAACCCCAAUCUGGAUAAGAUAUGCAAAGGGAAUCAACCCACGCUAAACCUCAUGCAUCGAACUUCCCGAGCCGUUUCUCUUGUUUCCUCCGCAGUCCGCCCUUUCCUUGCGACUUCGCCCACGAGGAACUGGAACGCCAUCACGGAAUUUACAGAGGACCGUUACGUGGAAAGCAUGGAUCACGAAAGGUUUGCUUUCACAAAGCGUAAGGGAAGAAAUCCAGACCGAUGGUGAAGAGUUUUCCUCAGUCGGCCUCCUAUCGUCACCGCAAGGGACUACUUCACCAAUUCCUUCUGUCCCCAAAUAAAUCCAGCCCUCUCCCACCGCCCAAUAAACCGCCUGCCCUGAGGGCUGAGGCCUUUACUAUGUAUGGUGUGUGCACAAUGCAUCGACAAUCGAGGCCGGCCUAUUCGUC